AUGGAUAACCCUUUCCACAAGCGCACCCAAAGCGAAGAUAUCGACCCGUUUGAUAUCCCCGACAACUACUACGGUAUCAAAACUGAUCCUGGCAAAGCCGCUAAAGGGUCUAAGUUUGGGCGUGUGCGUACGUUUUCUGUAUUUGAAUCUAACAAAAAUCGCUCCAGGGACUUUUUUGGCGACAGUUCCAGUGCAUCCGCUGCACAGUCGGGUGACUCUGCUUCGGAGUCUCCCAGUCCAUCCCCAGAUGAUGAUUUUCCAACAAACGGUGUUUCUGAUACCGCCCGUGCCGCUGCUGCAGCUACCGCAGGCAUUGCCGGCGUAUCUGUUGGCAAUUCUGUUGCUUCCCAUUCGGCUGCCAAUGGUCAUAGCGCUCAUUUAGGUGCUCCAGACGUCAAUGAGUUGAGAAGGGGCUCCAUUGUGCCAAUGUACAAUGAGCACGAGUCCGCCACCGUCGAUCCUCCCAAGCAGAUGCAGCCGCCUCGUCGUAGAAUGUCUAUGGAUGACUCAUUCAUGCGUCCCAAACGGUUUUACAUCAACGACAUUGAUCUGACUCUUGAAGAGCUCUUGCAGAAUGAAGAUACUGACCACAACUUCCAGAUUACUAUUGAGGACUCGGGCCCUAAGGUUUUGAGACUCGGAACCGCCAACUCUAAUGGCUUCAAGCAAUCGGCCAUCAGAGGCACUUACAUGUUAUCCAACCUUUUGCAGGAGUUGACCAUUGCUAGACGGUAUGGCAGAAAGCAAUUGAUUUUGGAUGAGAGCAGGUUGUGUGAGAAUCCGGUGGCCAGAUUGAAGAGAUUGAUCACCACGCAGUUUUGGAAGGCUCUCACCAGAAAGCUCACCAAGGACAAUAUCGUCGAAAUGGCUCGUGACACCAAGAUCGUUGAGGAGAUUGUUGAUGAAAACGGUGUUCUCAUCAAGUCCAAAGAGAGUGUCAGGUUGUACGUUCCAUACGAUAGGGAGGACCAGUAUGAGUACUUUAGUUCCAUCAAGAAAGAGAAUCCUAAUGUUAAGUUGGAUGUCCAGUACUUGCCUAAAGUGAUUGAUGCAGAAUUCAUCAAGUCCAUCAAUAAGAAACCUGGACUUUUGGCCCUUGAGUCCAAACCAGACCCUAACAACAAAGGAAAUCUUUUGAAUGAACCUUAUGUUGUCCCCGGAGGACGUUUCAAUGAGCUCUACGGCUGGGACUCCUACAUGAUGGUUCUUGGACUCUUAGUGACUGUCACUCCUGAUGACCAGACUAACUUGCAGUUGUCUAGAGGUAUGACUGAGAACUUCAUCUAUCAGAUCCAUCACUACCACAAGAUCUUGAACGCUAACCGGUCUUACUAUUUGGGACGCUCGCAGCCACCUUUUCUCACUGACAUGGCCAUUCGUGUGUAUGACAAGACAAUUGAAGUCUGUCCUGAGGAGAAGAGCAAGGCCGAUGCUCUCGACUUUUUGAAGAGAGCCACCCUCGCUGCCAUCAAGGAAUAUAAGAACGUGUGGUGUUGCAAGCCUCGCUUGGACGAGGCCACAGGCUUGUCAUGCUAUCAUCCAGAUGGAAGCGGUAUUCCUCCAGAAACCGAGGCUUCCCAUUUCGAUGCCAUCUUGGCUCCAUACUUGGAGAAGUACAACAUCACCCAGGAAGAGUUUAUCACCAAGUACAACGGUAAGGAGAUUUCCGAACCUGUCCUUGAUGAAUACUUCUUGCAUGACCGUGCCGUUCGUGAGUCGGGACAUGAUACUUCUUACCGUUUGGAGGGUAAGGCUGCGUACUUGGCCACUGUCGAUUUGAAUGCAUUGCUUUACAAGUACGAGUCGGACAUUGCCAUGCUCAUCGAGAAGUAUUUCGGUGGAUCUUUGGAAUUCGAUGGAAAGCCGGAGAUUCCACUGGAGUGGACCAAGAAGGCAGAGCAGCGUCGUGCCAACAUCUCCAAGUACUUGUGGAACGAGGAGGACUCGAUCUUUUACGAUUACAACGUGAAGACAAAGGAGCAGAACAAGUAUGAGUCUGCUACCUGUUUCUGGCCCUUGUGGUCAGAGGCUGCUAGUACCGAACAAGCAGAUGCGUUGGUAAAGAACUCGCUCCACAAAUUUGAAGAAUGGGGUGGUCUUGUCUCUGGUACCCUCGAGUCUCGUGGAGAGAUCAACAUCAGCCGUCCAUCCAGACAGUGGGACUAUCCUUAUGGCUGGGCACCUCAGCAGAUGUUGGCAUGGAUCGGAUUGACCAAUUAUCACUAUGGUGGAGCUGCCCGUCGUUUGGCAUACAGAUGGCUCCACAUGAUGAUCCGUGCAUUUGUAGACUACAACGGAGUGGUUGUAGAGAAGUACAAUGUCCUUAAGGGUGCUGUUCCGCACAAAGUGGAUGCUGAGUAUGGAAAUCAAGGUGCUGAUUUCAAAGGUGUUGCUACGGAAGGUUUCGGCUGGGUCAAUGCUUCAUACAUGUUCGGUUUGACGUUUUUGAACUUACAUGCGCAAAGAAGUAUUGGAGCCUUGGUUCCUCCGGGAGUAUUUUUAAGGAACUUGAGUGCCAGCCAGAGAGUGUUGUAUGAAUAG